UAAGUGCCGUCAAAAACAAAAGAAUUCAUUUAAACGUUAACGUAUAUUAUUUGGCACUUUUGAAAAGUUACUUUCAAGCGGUUAGAGAUUCUAAAUUUAUACUUUUCGGAACAACCCAUCUAAAUUCAGUUUCUUUAAUUUAAUUCAUUUCAAUUAAAUUAUUUCUUUGCGGUUAUCCAAAUUUUAUCUGUGAAAUCGUACACAAUAUGUACAGAAACGAUCGUUCCUCAGAAAGCUGCAUGUCUGGAUGUAACUGCAAUGCUUCUGUUGAAAUGUGUGCAGGAAGUGGAGGAUGUUGUCAAUUUGAUUUACCCCCAGGACCAUCCGCACAAAAGAAAGAAAGACAAAGACCACAGAAUUCGGGUUGCGAACCUCCUAGAUGUGCUAGAAUGACUCCAUCUUCGGAAUCGAAAGAGAAAUGGGAAUAUCCUAAUUACGAGUUUAGCGACUAUGGACAACAUGGAAUGAAACACUAUAUAGGCUAUGACGAUAGGUCUGCAUUACAGUCACAACAACCAGCAGAUUAUGAAGUAAAAAACCGUUUUAAUGAUUACAGAGCACAUAAUGCAAAUAUGAAGAUACAACCAAAUCAUCCACUUCAUCGACCUAUCAUUCAGCAGAGAAACUGCGAAGUCAGAGUUGCUGGUGGUUGCGAUUGGCCAAGGACGUUUAAUCAAGAUAGUUGUCCCGAUUAUCAUUAUGAUAACGUUCCAGCUGACGAACCGAAAUCGUUUAUGCAAUCGAGACUAUAUGAAGACUGGGAAGAGAAUCCUGAGGUCGAAUGGAAUAGAGAAGCUUCUUGUAGUCAUCAGAGACGCGUACAUUUUUAACAUACUGAAUACCCGUAUAUAUUCAUAAUGUAUGAACAAUCAGUUUCGACCAACGAAACUAUAAUAAAGAUAUUAUUUUUUAGUAAAUCUA